AUGGUAGAUACAUUGACUGAAUUAUGCUCCAAGCUUGCUGGACUGAUGUUCAUUUUGGGCACAAUUCAGCAACUUGUCCCCCGUUCUUUCUACGAGCGCAUCAAAACAUUGUGGCAUCGAUUCGAAAAUUAUUUCUACCCUUAUGUCCAAAUUACCAUCGAUGAAUAUUCCAAUGAUAAAAGAAAUGAAGUCUACUCUCUUAUCAAAGUUUAUUUAGGUACUAAGUCCACUAAUGAUGCAAAGUAUCUUAAAGCUGAAAUGUUCAAGAAGAGCAAGUCUUUAGCUGUUAGUUUGGACGAAGGAGAAGAGGUAAUUGAUGAAUUCCAUGGUGUCAAGCUUAAAUGGAACUCUUACAAGGAAACAUUCACUGAUAAUUCUCCAGGGGGACGUUCUCAACUUCCGAUUGAAAAGAAAUGUUACACGCUAACUUUCAAUAAGAAAAAUCAAGACAUGGUCACCGGACAAUAUUUGAGACAUGUGAUGGAAGAAGGCAAGGCCAUUGAGUUCAAGAACAAGAAGCAGAAGAUCUACUCUAACGAAGAGGGGGAGUGGUAUUGGUAUGGUAAAGGUAUGUGGAGGCACAUCAAUUUCGAGCACCCUGCAACAUUUGAUACUCUCGCUAUGGAUCCUACGAAGAAGGAAGAAAUAAUCAAUGAUCUCGUUGCUUUCAGCAAGGGGAAGGACUACUAUUCCAAGGUUGGAAAGGCGUGGAAGCGCGGCUACCUUCUUUAUGGUCCACCAGGGACUGGAAAAUCAACUAUGAUUGCAGCUAUUGCGAAUUUCUUGAACUAUGAUAUUUAUGAUCUUGAGCUCACCUCUGUUAAGGAUAACUCAGGGCUUAAGAAAUUGCUCAUGGAAACAACCAGCAAGUCCAUCAUUGUCAUUGAAGAUGUCGAUUGUUCUAUCGAUCUCACAGGCAAGAGAAAGAAGAAAAAGAAAAAGGAAACGACGAAUGAGGAGGAGGAAGAAGAUUCAGACUCGACUACAGAGAAAAAGAGCGACAAGAAUGAAUCAGGCAAACUUACUCUUUCGGGGCUGCUGAAUUUCAUAGAUGGAAUAUGGUCAGCUUGUGGUCAAGAGAGAAUUAUAAUAUUUACGACUAAUCAUGUGGACAAACUUGAUCCAGCUUUGAUACGUAGAGGACGGAUGGAUAUGCACAUUGAGAUGUCGUAUUGCAGAUACGAAGCAUUCAAAGUGUUGGCUAAGAAUUACUUGGGAAUUGAAACACAUCCUCUGUUUCAAGAGAUUCAACGUUUAUUAGAGGAAGUAGACGUGAGCCCUUGUGAUGUGGCUGAGAACUUGAUGCCCAAAAAUGCUUCAGGAAAGCCUGAGAUUUGCUUGGAAAACUUACUCAAAGUUUUGAAAAAGGCCAAGAGAAAGGCCAGCUUGAAUUCCCAGAAGAACAAAAACUCCUCCACAAAACUACUAGUCAAAACUUAUGGCCGUUUCAAAAAACUGUUUGAAUGA